GGCCCAGGUGAGCAGCACGGACUGCCCCUCCCCCCCGGGCCGCGGCCAUCGAGAAACCCCAAUGUUUUCCAGAAUGAUGCCAAGAAAAAGAAAGCGGUUAACUCCAUUAAAUGCUGUCCAAAGUAAACCCAGCUUCUCUCCAGCUGACACCUCUGGGAGCCUGACAGUUGUUCUUGAUGGGAAUUCCUCUCCAGUAAGCAGCAAAUACUUCAGUGAAGAGAAGAGGACAUCUUCCCGGCUAGGGACAGAUUUUUUCAACCAAUCCUGCAUCAGCCUGGCUAAAUCAUUUCUAGGACAGGAGAGUCCUAAAAAUGUCAGUAACCUUAAAUCCACUCAGCUGUUUCAACAUCAUGUCUUUGUUACUGUUAAAGCUGAAGCACAUUUGGGAGCCAAGCAGCUGCUAAGAUGCAUGACUAGAAAAACAGGCAGUAGGUCAGUGGAAAACCAGAAGAAACAAUACAGACAGUUCUUUGGGGAAGGGGCUGCAGUCCUGCUCCGGUCCUUGGAACCUCUGCAGGGCCUGGACACCAUGAGGCAGCUGCGAAGUACUCAGAGGAAAGGAUCAGCCAACCCACUGAAGGACUGGCAGCUGUGCAAUGGGCCCUCCAAGCUCUGUCAAGCACUCGCUAUUAACAAGAGCUUUGACCAAAAGGACCUGGCUCGUGACACAGCAGUCUGGAUGGAGCCUGGCUCAGAAGCACCAGGAGAGCAGGCUGUGGUGACUGCAGCCAGAAUUGGUGUCAGCUAUGGUGGAGAGUGGGCACAGAAACCACUGAGGUUUUAUAUACGAGGGAACAAAUGCGUGAGUGUUGUGGACAAGAAGGUGGAGAGAGAGCAAGGUGCUGCAGACUAGAGGUGCCCAGUGCUGAAUGCUGCAAUCUCACCAGUCACAUAAAGAGGAACUAGCAUCUCCCUUGUCCCUGAGAUGAAGCCUGUGUCUGAGGAGGCACAAUUAAACUGGCUUCCAUUCCAGCAUAUCACAUUGCAAACUCAUCUCUACUUUGAUGUUCAUCUUCAUCCCUUAAGCAGGCAUGCUUACAUAAAACAAUGAAAAACAAGUUUCCUUAUAUCCGCUAAAACAGAGAUUGCCAAAAAGAAAAUGUCAUCAAUCUGAUUUACCUUCCCACUAUUUAUGCUCUGCAAUCACUUUUUGCAUUCUUUCUUGUCGGUCAAUGAAACUAGAUUAGUUAAUUUCACUUUCAAUUUCACCCUGAGGUGCUGGCCAGUACUUCAGCGUUUGGGGUGCUAGCACAGCAGUUGAAAAUUUGUUAAAAAAUAUUGUUCCCUUGACAUUUUUAAAAAACCAUGGUAACAUGUUUAUUGGUCCAGGGGUUUUUUAAGGCUCAAUUUAAACAAGUCCUCACUGUAGAGCCAACUUGCUCAGAUAGUGUGGCAUAAGCUUCAUCCAGUAUCACUACUCCAAUAUUUCUCCCUCCCUCUGCCUGCAUGAGCUUCCAAUUAUUUCCCCCCCACAACUGCUCGCUACAUUCUUCCAAGCUGAACCACGCUAUGUCUAAUCAUGGCAGAGCCCUUUGUAUUAUCUUUCUGCACUGCGGUUUGGAAGCACUCCUAACUGGCAUCAAAGUAGUAAAAAAAUAGACAACUUAUUAAAUGAUCUAUUCUACUACCUCCCCAUCUCCUGCCAGUGCAAGACUGCUUACUGCAGUGGGCAGUAUUCCCAUCAGUAUAUUUAAAAUAGCUUCUUGGGCACAAGUGAUUAUGACGGGAUUGUCAAUGAUGCAGCCAAAGCAGGAAUGUUCAAUACACACAUUCAUUCUGCAUUUGGAAAGAAUCAUGGAAAGGCAGGGUUGGAAGGGAGCUCAAGAGGCCAUCUUGUCCAUUCCUCUUUCCCCCCACAUUGAGGCUGGAUUAAGCAAACCUAGACCAUCCCUGACAGAUAUCUGUCUAACCUGUUCUUUAAAACCUCCAAUGUUGGGGUUUCCACAACCUCUCUAGGUAGCUUGUUCCAGUGCUCAACUCCUUAGAUUUAGAAAGUUUUUCCUAAUAACCAACCUAAAUUUCCCUUGCUGCAAACUAAGUUGAUUAUUUCUUG